AUGGCUGGAGCAGCAAACUUUUUCAGAGGCACGACCAUCGAUCAGGACAGCCGCUUUGUCAACAAGCAGAACAAGCUGCUCAAGGAGAUCAAGUUCCCGCCAGAGUUCAAGGACAAGGUCGACAUGCAAAAGGUCAAUAUGGAGAUUGUCAAGGCAUGGAUCAUUGGGCGGAUCAACCAAAUCCUGCAGAUUGACGCCGACGACGUUGUGCCAAACUUUGUGAUUGCCGAGCUCGAAAAGGAUAGGUUCCCCGACCCUCGCAAGAUGCAGCUCAAUCUGACUGGCUUCCUGGAAGGCAACACGCCUGAUUUCAUGCUGGAAUUGUGGAAACUGCUCUUGAGCGCUCAGUCCAGUCCCGGCGGUGUUCCGCAGCAGCUCAUCGAGCAAAAGAAGCAAGAGAUUCUUCAGCGCAAGGUCGAGAUGCAACGCCUGCAAGAAGCUAUCAAAGCCAAAGCUCUAGCAACAGCGGCGAAAACCCACACUGGACCUGUCUAUAAGAGCACCUGCUUCUGGGACGUCGGAACCUUCGCGCGAGCGCCAGCCGUCACCGUCUCACCGCCGUCGUUCUGCUUCCCCGCGUCGCCAUCGCUCCCGAUCGCGCUCUCCCAAGCGUCGGUCUCAGCGCUCACGUUCGCGCUCACGCUCCCCCAAGCGUCGUUCUCGUCACUCGCGCUCACGCUCCCGCUCACGUUCCCGUUCCCCGAAGAAGCGCCAGUCUCGUCGUUCACGUUCACGAUCGCGCUCGCGAUCGCCUCGUCGCCGCAGCCACGUUCACGAUCGCGCUCGCGAUCGCCUCGUCGCCGCAGCCACCGAUCGCGCUCUCGUUCACGAUCGCCCUCUCCCCGACGCCACAGUCGUCACUCGGAGUCGCGGCAUUCGUCCAGUCGAUCACACCGUCACCGCUCUUCACGGCACUCGCGCUCGCGCUCUCGUUCUCCAGCGCGUUCACGCUCGCGGUCGCCCGGCCACGAUCGCAAACGCUCUAGCUCCAGCCGGAAGUCCGAGUCCACCGAAACCGCGCCUUCUACAGAGUCUGAACCAGUCGAUGCCACCGCUUCUGCAGCGGCAACCGAAGAAACGCCGGCUGCCGCACCCAUGGAUGCGACCGAGUAG